GGCAGAUUCUCGGUCUACACACAGAAUCUGCCCACGGGAGAUUAGAUUUUUGGAAGUUUGAGCAAGUAUGCCUUGAACAUAUUGAUUAUAGUGUUGUUGCAUAGUUGGCAUUUGAAGAAGUCAGCCUACUUGACUUUUUUUGUCACUGCAUCAAAAUACCCUACAAAAACGUAGCAGGCUAAAACAGGAUUUUCUUGAAGAGCAUUGACUGUACGGCUACGCCCUGACGACUGCAGAAGCACACGGCACAGAUCGAUCCCUCUUCUAGUGAGUCAGGACGUAGGAACGAGGAAGUUGACUAGGGUGCAUACUAAAUACGGAAAUAAUAUCUGGCAAUAUCGCACAAGCAAAAGAUGGCAUCAGGUCCCCCACAAACAGGUACAUGUAGCCUACCAAUUAUUCACGCAGGUUUCAGGAAGGGUAGGCUUUGACUUCGCGUUUGUUUAUGACUGCUUCAUACUCGCUUGUGCACUGUUAACUCUCCACAAACGCACUUUACGGCCUGUCAGUUUUUAGAACGUGAGGGAGACUGUCUCCGCAUUACGCUUGAGCGUAUGUCUGUCUUUUGGAAUUAGAGGAGACGUGUUUACAUUGUAUGCUACAUUUUAUAGGCCAGGGUUUCACAAACUCGGUCCUGGGGCACGUUUUGGGUUUUUGCCCUAACACUACACAGAUUAUUCAAAUAAUAAAAGCUUGAUGAUGUGAUGGUUAUUUCUCCCGAGUGCUAGAGGCGUCACUACAGACCCGGGUUCCGAUCCCGGGCUGUAUCACAAUCGGCCGUGAUCGGGAGUCCCAUAGGGAGGCGCACAAUUGGCCCAGCGUCGUCCGGGUUAGGAGAGGGUUUGGUCGGGGUAGGCCUUCAUUGUAAAUAAGAAUUUGUUCUUAACUGACUUGCCUAGUUAAAGGUUAAAUGCUAGGGCAAAAAACAAAACGUGCACCCAGGGGGUUUCCUGAUUGAGUUGAUUCUAUGAUUAUUUAUUUUUUUGUCUCACAGGAAAAUAUGUACAAUGCCUCCAUUGUUACAAUAUAUAUUUGGGCAGAACUUUCAGAGAUACAAAUGUCAUUGCUUAUUGAACAGUACUAAUGUAAACGGGGGGCCAGUAUAAAAAAAUAUGUAUUCACUAACUGUAAGUCGCUCUGGAUAAGAGCGUCUGCUAAAUGACAAAAAAAAAAAAAAAAAAAAAAAAAUAAGUAAUAAAAAAAUAAAAUAAAAUAAAUAACAAUAAAUAUAAAAUAGAAAAAUAACAAUAAAAAAAGAAACAAAAGAAAGCAGAGAUCGGAUGACAGAAGCUUGUGAUGUGUGCAGGCUACUGAAUCCUCCUUUUCUAAUAAUACUCCUUCCAUCUCCUCGCCUUGUCCCAAUGCAGAGCUGAGGCUGGUUCUGCUGGGUCGGACAAGAGCAGGACAGAGUGCAGCUGGAAACACCAUACUGGGCCGCCAGGCUUUCCUUACCCAGACUGCCAGUGAGCCAGCUGUCACUCAGGAAUGUGAGAAGCACAGAGGAACCAUUGCAGGGAGAUGGGUAAGAUACUUUGUUCAUUCUUUAAAAAGGAAAGUAGCCUACACACUGAUCAAAUUACUUAAAUGUCAACAAGAGGUUCUAACCUCACACACUCUGUUUUUGCGUGCAGGUAUCAGUGGUAGUCGCCCAAGAUUGGUUCUGUUCAGAGCGCCCCCCGGAGGAGGUGAGGCACCAUGUCUCCUCUUGCGUGGCCCUGUCGGCCCCAGGGCCUCAUGCCUUCCUGCUGUGUGUCCCUGUGGACCGGCCGGCUGACAUGGAGCUGCGGGCCCUGGAGUCCCUGGAGAAGGUUUUUGGCUCCACUGCAGUCAGUGGACACACCCUGGUCCUCUUCACCCACACAGACCAGAUGGUUCUGGGACAACAGCUGGACGAGUACAUCGCCACCAGACGCAAAGACCUACUGGAGCUGGUGGUGAUGUGUGGAGACCGCUAUCACUCUCUGGAGAGGAGGAGUAGAGGAGAGAGGGAUGAGAGGAAGAGUGUGGAAGAGCUGCUGGAGAAGGUUGAACAGACUGUAAACGAGAGUGGGGUGGAGUUCUACAGCUGCCCCCUCUACCAGGAGGCUGAGGCCAGGGUGAGAGAGAAGCAGGCAGAGAUAGUGCGGCCAGAGAAGAGAGGGAGGUGGAGGGGGAGAGGAGCUUGAUGAAGAGGUGCCCUCCUCAGCCUCACCUCCAGAGCAAGAGCUAGACGAUGAAGAGAUGGCAAGAGUUAGGGAGGAGGCAGAGCGGAGUGUGCACAACUUGAACAUAGACACCGACGGUAUCACCUCUCUUUCUCCUGCCUCCCCCUCUCCUUCCUUUCUCUCGUCCCUGUGGCAGGGGUUGACAGGGUGGCUGAGGAGGCUGCCCAAGAUGCUGAGGAUGGAGUCUCUGCUGGGGGCUUUCGUUGGCCUGUUUGUAGGUGGGCCCGUUGGGCGGAUGCUGGGGGCCACUGUGGGCUCAGUAGCCACUGAAGUGGGGAGAAGGAAGACCCUGAAGACAGAGAAAAACAAAUAAUGGCAAUGGGAUACAUAUCUCCAGUUAUUAACCUUAAACGGUCAUUUCACAAUUUUUCAACUUCAUAUUCAUCAUCUCCAGCACCACCCCAACAUCAACAUAUGUGAAAAUGGCGCAUUUCUAUGUUUUGUUGUAAAGAAGAUAGCGAAAGAUACGUUUUUCCAAUGACAUCAUCAACCAGUUAGUAGAUAAUGCCUACUCAUAAUUAGUCCAAAUCACACGAUGCACACCGCUGAUGUCAUUGGAAAAACGUAUCUUUCUCUAUCUUUCUUACUACAAAACAUAGAAACACACCAUUUUCACAUAUGUUGAUGUUGGGGUGGUGCUGGAGAUUGUGAAUAUUAAGUAGAAACAUUGUGAAGUUUCCCUUUGUCAUUUCUCUGCACUUAUGUUUUAUUGUGCGAUUGGCUUGUAUUUGACCAACGUAAAGUCCUCACAAUACUUGUUAUAAUAUAUUUGUUGUUUCACUAUUGGCAUGCCUAUUUUGACUGGUCAUAUUUUCAAAACCAUGUAUUGUAGAACUUAUGGUAGGGCCAACUAAGGACUUCAAAUAGAGGGGAAGUUACAUACAUGAUCCACUUGGUGGAGACAUUGACCAAAACAUUGAAGUUGAACAUAAAAUAUUUGAGCUCAACUGAAAACAAAUACCUUACUGCUAACUAAAGGAAAUAAAAUACAAUUUCUAAGGCAAUUUGUUGUGUCCUGUAUAUGUCACACAGUUGAUACUUUUAAAGCAUACAAUUACACAUUUCCCUCAGACUGAAUUUUGUCAUUUACUGUCUUUGCAAAAAUUUUAAAGCACUAUAUCAGGAGUUGAGCAUAGGCUACUUAAAAAUAAGAUCUUCACGAUACAUGAUAGACAAUGGAGACCUCAACUAUGGACGGACCAUCUGCAUCAGUGUGUGUUAGCUGAUGACAAUUGCUAGAGCUUGUAGAGGGAGUUCUGGUGAUGAGUGUGGAGUCCUAAGUGAAAGUGCCUCUGACUUUGGAAAACACUGACGCACUGCUCUCAACGCUUUCUCUCUUUUCUCUUUAUGCAAGGGCAGGUUAUGGUUUUGACAUUGAUGUAAUUGAUACUCUGUUAAAACCAUCAGUCAAAACCCAUCUUUACAUCUCUCUCUCUAACUUUCUCUCCCUCGCUCUCUCUCUCUAAGCUGACGGAGACUCUGCCUGUGGAACAGCUAGGCGUUUCCGAAUGUGGGUGGUCCGCCGGGGGUGGGAGGGAGAGAGAGAGAAUUAG